GCUGUUUGUUGUCAAUAAAGUUUUUAAAUAAAGAUAAACAAUGGCGAGUACUCAGAGGGCGUUUACACAAAAAUUAUCCAAGCAACAUGCCGCCGAUCUACGCAAAACUAUUUCCAGCAAUAAAACCGGGUUGAUGUCCCAUUCUACCAGCAUGAGUUGGGUACACGAAAUAGCGGAGCCCUUAGACUUCGAGGAGUACGUCAGCGCUUAUCAGUUGGUUAUAGACAGAGAUCCCUUGAGGAAUAUCUUGGAUAUUCCUUUAGGUGAUGUGCAAGUGGAGGUCAUCGAGAGACCUUUAAGAACCUUAAGACCAAUUGUCCCGGAAGAAAAGAUUGAAACUUUGCCACCUCAUGUGCAAACUUGUGUGCAAUGUUACAAAUCAGUAUGGAAAGUAGUGCAAUAUACGCAAAGACACCUAAGUAGCAGUAUUACAAGCAGAGCUAACUUGUCAAAAACGUUACAACCCGCUCCAAAACAGGAGUUUGAAGUUGAUUUUCAGCAGGCACCUUCUGAGGCCAACAGUGAUCUAGACUUGACAUCUCAAGGUAGCAGUCGACAGAGUGUUGUAUCUAUUGGAUCUCUAUCUUCAUGUGGUGACACACUAACUCCUCGUAAUUCUUGGGCUUCUCUGGAUCUGAGACACUCUGCAGGUGAUCCAUUGAUACCAGAAAUUUUAGAUCAGUCAGUUUUGGAGUCACAAGAUCAAGUAAAUGAGAGUCAGAGACAGAUUGAGAGGCAGGAAGCCUUGUUUGCUUUGACUACCAGCGAUAUUCAGAGUGAAAUCGGUGAUUUUGUUGAGAAAAGGCUGCCUGCUGGUGCUCCCUAUGAGCAUGUAGGGCAUAGGGUUCUAGUGAAAUGCCAACAAUUGACAUUGGACUUGGAAGUGGAACCUUUGUUUGUCUCCAUGGCCCUCUACGAUUCCAAAGAACGAAAAAAGGUUUCUGAAACUUUUUAUUUCGAUUUGAACCCCGAAGGGCUCAAAAGAAUGCUGGGUACACACAUACCCUACGCCGAUACCAGCACAUUGGCUAGAAGUUCUAUUUUCAAUAUAACCCAUCCCUCUCCAGAUCUUUUUAUUGUGGUUAAACUCGAAAAAGUGCUGCAAGGAGAUAUUAAUGAAUGUUUAGAACCAUAUUUGAAGGAAGAAAAGAAUCGCGACAAGUUGAAGUCUGUGGCUGUGUCAGUUUGUGAAAGAUUGGGAAAAUAUAGACAGGCAUUUGCCUGGACGGCGAUCAAUUUGUUCAGUGUGAUCAAUGGAGGAAAUUCUGUUGAAAGAGAUCUGGAUAAGGAUUCUACAGGGUCUGGAUCAUAUACCAACAGUUUAGAUAGAAAAUCAUCCAGCAGUGGUUUAGACCAACUCAGACGCAAAGCAGCUGACAUGGGCACUCUAACCCGCAGAGGCUCCCUAGAACGGAAAGACAAAUGCAGAUCGUGGUCUCCAGACCACCUGGCGACGAAUUUAGACACCUUCAGACCCAUAACCCUCACCAUGACCUCUUUCUUCAAGCAGGAAGGCGACAAAUUACGCGAAGACGACCUCUACAAGUGCCUGCAAGAACUAAAACGCCCCACCCUGGUCUUGAAGAAACUGAAAUGCAUUCCGACGGUUUUCAAGCUGGAAAUAUCUCCGUGUCCUGCUGAAUAUAAGAACUGUCUUACCACAGAGCUGGAGAAACUUCAUCCAUAUCCUGACGAGAAGGGUAGACCUACCAAAGAGUUGCUUGAGUUCCCUGUCAAAGAGAUUUUGACGCCUCACUAUGUUUACAGGAAUCUACUAUUCGUCAGUCCUAGGGAGUUGAAUUUUUCGAACAGGACCGGUUCUGCUAGGAAUUUGGCGGUGAAAAUGCAGGUGAUGGCGGGUGAGAGUGAGAAUCACGCGUUGCCUAACAUAUUCGGGAAGUCCAGUUGUCCGGAGAUGACCAAUGAGGUGUUUUCUGCUGUGACGUACCAUUCGAAAACUCCCGUGUUUUAUGAUGAGGUUAAAAUCAAACUUCCUGCUUCUUUGGCCGAUAAUCAUCAUCUGUUGUUUACGUUUUAUCAUAUAUCUUGUCAGAAGAAGACUGAACAGAAUGUAGUAGAAACACCUGUAGGUUACACUUGGUUGCCUCUGCUGCGUGAUAAUCGUCUGGUUUCUGGAGAAUUUUGUCUGCCGGUGGUACUGGAACCGCCUCCGAAAAACUACAGUUACAUUCCGCCUGACGUGUGUCUGCCGGGAAUGAAAUGGUUGGACAAUCACAAAGGUCUCUUCACUGUCAUAUUGGACACGGCAUCGUCAGUUCACACGCAGGAUCCGGCAAUAGAGAGAUUUUUUGCUGCGUACGACUACGUUCAUUCCGGUAUCAUUCCGUCUAGGUUGGGCGAAGUGGGCUCCGAAAAAGAAUUGACGACGGCUAUGUUAGGUUUGGCAGGCGCCAGACCGGAAACCAUAGUAAAACACCUCCCUCAAAUCUUCGACAGCAUUAUCGAACUUUUAGUUCAACCGCCCCGCAUAUCCGGCCACACCCUCAACGUGGGCACCACCUGCUUCGAGACAUUAUGCCUACUUUUAGAAAACAUUUCAAACAUCCAGGAACUCCAAGUAGACCAUCACGGCCGAAAUCACCUUCUUGCAACCUACAUUAACUUCCAAUGCAACCUUCCACACCCAAUGUCAAUAGGAACUCCUCAUUGGGAAGGGAGUGUUUUGGUUAGAAGUAAUUCAAACCCGGAUUUGGAAGUCUCCCACUACCAACCCAGAGGCCUUGACAGGGCUUCAAGCAUGCGCGUUCCUUCUAACGAACCUAUCAGUCCAACGUUUAAUUCUUGUCCAAGGAUUGUACAUCAAGAGUUAGCCUAUCAGUGGACGAUAACCAGUGGAAGGAACAAGGACUUAGCCAUGCAAAAUGCUUGGUUUCUUUUUGAGUUGAUCAACAAAAGCAUGGUGGAGCAUUUAGCUCAUAGUCGUACACUGGAUGCUUCAAGAAGAGGAAGAUUUCCUGAUCAGUUUCUUGAUGAUAUCUCUACUCUAGUUCAGUACGUUACUAACGAGAUUAUCAACUAUUCUUCAGGAGAGACUAGAAGAGCUCACAAGCUCAACGCAGCGUUAGCCUUCUUUUUCUUUGACUUACUCUCAAUAAGCGACAGGGGUUGGGUGUUUCAACUUUUAAGAAGCUACGGCAAAGAAAUCCAGCAAAAAAUCUCUUCAAUGUCAGAUGGAAGUGUGCUGAUUGAACUCAAACUGGAGUUCGUGAGGAUCAUUUGCAGCCACGAGCACUAUGUUCCGUUGAAUUUACCGUUUUCCAGUCCCUUUAUGUGUUCUGGAGCUGGGGUAUCGCCCAGUCCGAGUGUCACGAGUUCGACGAGUCAGAAUUCGUUUUUAUCUGGAGCGCCACCUAGCCAAGAGAGAGUGAACACAUUUGCAGAGUUGUCGCCAGAGUAUCGUCAGCAUCACUACUUGUGUGGGUUGGUUUUGACAGAUUUGGCAGCGGUGUUGCUAGAGACGCACUAUCCAUCAUUGCACAUUAAAGCUGUGGACACUGUAAGAAGUCUUCUUUCAUGGCACGAUGGCGAUCCACGCUAUGUCUCGCCCGAAGCUAAACAUAGAGUUGCUGCAUUGUAUUUUCCAUUGUUGUCCAUUGCGAUGGACGUUCUCCACUUGCUCCAUCGUUUCACUUUCGAUAAAAACGAGAAAUUCAGCCAUGAAGACACUGGUCCUAGCAACAUUAACCCUAAUGUAGCUAUGGUUAUUGCUGGGAAGUUGCCACCAUCUACUUGCGAUUCAUUUCAAUCACUACCAAACAGGAAAGUGGGUAUUAAUGCCGAAACGACACGCAACUUACUCACUUGCGUUCUCUGGGUUUUAAAAAACGUAGAAAGAGACUCUUUAUCUCAAUGGAUGGGCGAACUAACCUCAACAAGAUUAUCAACCCUGCUCCAUCUGUUGGACGCUUGCAUUACCUGUUUCGAGUACAAACCACGCCGCAAGGCGUCACCAUCUUCAGGGUACGCGCACGCGCAGGUCACGCAAGACAUCAGAUCUAAGCUGGAAGAUGUCAUUUUGGGACAGGGAUCUGCCAGGGAAAUGAUGCAGAGGAGGAAAGGCGGUACACCUCAAGCAGCAACGGAAAAACUACGUUGGCGAAAGGAACAAAUGGCAUACAGGGUCAGCACAGAACUGACUGAGAAACCAACAAAAGACGACAUUUUCCAUGACAGUCAUUUGGAGGGACACUUCGCCACAGAAGCGUCCUUUAUUAUCCUGGACACUUUGGAACGUUGUGUCAACACUAUAGCUCAGUUGGACAGUCAGCAACAUUUGGUCGGUGUAGCGCUGACUGUAUUGCUGCACGCAUUAGGGAAAAAUCAGAGUACUACAAUAUUGCCUCAUAUGUUCGCUUCACAAAGGAGCUUGGUGUAUAAAUUUCAUAGUGCCUUAUUUGAUGAAGAAAGUAGCCAUUGUGCAGAUUUGUGUUUGUUAUUGUUGAAACAUUGCGGCUCUCAAAUAACUUCAGUUAGAUCACAGGCUGCGGCAUCUUUGUAUCUCUUGAUGAGGCAGACGUUCCAGAUUGGCAAUAAUUUUGCCAGAGUAAAAAUGCAAGUCACUAUGUCCUUGAGCAGCCUGGUGGGAACAUCAGCAACUUUCAGUGAUGAUUCACUACGCAGGUCUCUAAAAACCAUCCUGGAAUAUGGGGAAAGAGAUACAGAAUUACAGGAAACUACAUUUCCGGAACAAGUCAGAGAUUUGGUCUUCAAUUUGCACAUGAUUUUGUCUGAUACAGUUAAAAUGAAGGAAUUUAAGGAGGAUCCAGAAAUGCUUUCUGAUCUUAUGUAUAGGAUUGCGAAAGGGUAUCAGAAUUCGCCGGAUUUGAGGCUGACUUGGCUGGCGAAUAUGGCUCAGAAACAUAUGGAAAGAGGUAAUCAUACAGAAGCUGGUAUGUGUUUAGUUCAUUCAGCUGCACUUGUAGCUGAAUAUUUAGCUAUGUUGGAAUCUCUACCUCAUCUGCCAGCUGGUGCAGCUUCACUAGAAAAAGUAAGUCCCAACGUUUUGGAAGAAAGCGCCGUUUCAGACGACGUUCUCAGUCCGGAAAGAGAAGGUGGUUGCCUAGGGUCCCAUUUCACAGAAGCCGGACUUUUAGGCCUGUUGGAACACGCAGCUAGUAGUUUCCAGAUCGCCACCAUGUACGAACCGAUGAACGAUAUAUACAGGGUGUUGAUUCCGAUAGCCGAAAAUAACAGGGACUUUAAAAAGCUGGCUAAUAUUCACGGAAAAUUACACGAAGCUUAUACUCGUAUCGACCAAUUGCAAGGCAAAAGAAUGUUUGGUACGUAUUUCAGAGUGGGGUUCUAUGGGUCUAAGUUCGGAGAUUUGGAUAAAGAAGAAUUUAUAUACAAGGAACCUAGUUUAACUAAACUGCCAGAAAUUUUCAGUAGAUUAGAGAACUUCUAUGCUGCACUUUUUGGGUCAGAAAGCAUUAUUAUUAUCAAAGACUCCAACGCAGUUGACGUGAACCUCUUAGAUCCUGACAAAGCCUACAUCCAAAUCACUUACGUCGAACCGUAUUUUGAGCAGUUUGAGCUAAGAUACAGGCAAACUCACUUUGACAGGAACUUCAAUAUUAAAAGGUUUGUAUAUGCAACACCCUUUACAAUGACUGGUAAAGCCCACGGAGAACUGAAGGAACAGUAUAAAAGGAAGACGAUUUUGACAACUGCAGUGCAUUUUCCUUAUGUCAAAACUAGGAUUCAGGUGGUGGCUAGGACUCAGAUUACUUUGACACCCAUUGAGGUAGCUAUCGAAGAUAUUCAGAAAAAAAACACCGAGCUUGCUGCAGCGACUCAGCAAGAACCGCCCGAUCCAAAAAUCCUUCAAAUGGUACUGCAGGGUUGCAUAGGUACUACUGUCAACCAGGGUCCUCUAGAAAUGGCCUUGACAUUCCUACCUGGCGACGGAAAACCACUAACACGACAUCAGAACAAACUGAGAUUGUGUUUUAAGGAUUUCUCCAAAAAGUGUAGCGAUGCUUUGAAGAAGAAUAAGAACCUUAUAGGGCCAGACCAAAGAGAUUACCAAAGAGAACUGGACAGGAAUUACAGAAGGUUCAUUGAAAAGUUACAGCCUUUGGUGAAUCCCCAAUCAGUAACUAUUAUUAAUACAAGCCCAAACAAAUUUGCACACGCAGAAAAUUCAGUACUUAAAUGGUAGAACCUCAUAAUAAAGACAGUAGACUUAGGGAUAUAUACAAAAACGUACUUAUAUGGAGUUGUAGCAACAUAUUUAUUUACUAUUUAUCGAAUUUUUUUAUACAAAUAUACAAAAUAAAGGCACAGAGUAAGAAAAAA